CCAUUAAAGUCCAAAGACAGAAGCUCAUCCAAGCAUCCAGGUGACUGUUCAACGGUGAAAGAAGGCAUCCCACUCCAAUCUCACCAUGGACUGGAAGAUGUUAGAGGCCCUGCUUAGCGGGGUCAAUAAAUAUUCCACUGUGUUCGGACGCAUCUGGCUCUCCGUGGUCUUCGUGUUCCGAGUCAUGGUCUUCGUCGUGGCCGCAGAACGUGUCUGGAUUGACGAUCAGAAAGACUUUGACUGCAACACCCGCCAACCCGGCUGCGCCAACGCCUGUUACGACCACUUCUUCCCUGUCUCCCACACCAGGAUCUGGGCAAUCCAGCUCAUCUUCAUCACCUGCCCCUCUUUCAUGGUCGUGAUGCACGUGGCGUACCGCGAGGAACGCGAGCGCAAGUACCGCAUCACACACGGUGAGAACGCCCGUCUCUACGACAACACAGGACAGAAGCACGGAGGACUCUGGUGGACAUAUCUCCUCAACCUCUUCUUCAAGACGGCCAUCGAGGUGGCGUUCCUCUACCUCCUGCAUCUCAUCUACAACAACUUUGACCUGCCGCGACGCGUCGUGUGCGACCUUUGGCCUUGUCCUAACCAGGUGGAUUGCUACAUCGGCCGGCCCACAGAGAAGAGGGUGUUUACCUACUUCAUGGUAGGAGCGUCGGCUGUGUGUAUAGUGCUCAACGUGUGUGAGAUAUUUUACCUGAUAGCCAUCCGGGUGCUGAGGCUCAGCCACCGGGGAAGCCUCCAUUCCUCCCCCAAGAAGAGGUGCUCUGAGCCGGACUGGGAUGGGUGUCAGACACCGGCGGCAGACUACCAGAAGGGCAACGAGGCCGGCUUCAACAUAGAGGAGAAGAGUACAUCUAUCUUUUAAGUCAGACAUUAAACGUUUUUUUACAAUCAAAGUUUUAUUUGACGGAAAUCUUUAUUGACUAAAUGUUGUGAACUGAAUUCGACUGUAUG